AACAGGGAUUUGUUAAGUAUAGAAAUUAAUGUCUUACUACAGGGGAACAAGCCUAUUGGAGAGUCCACACAGCUGUCAUCUGGGAAGCCUGACUCAGUGCUGACUUCAUCAGUGGAGAAGGACUAGGGUAAAGAGCACCACCAUGAAGCAAGGACUGCCUAUCAGUGGGUCUUGGCCCACCCCUUCCCAAUCUGGUCCACCCCCUUCCAAUUCUAGUCCCUGAGCUCUGGGUGAGUGGGCUUCCUUCUAGGAUGCCCUGACUUGCUUCCUACCUGGUCUUUGAACCAGAGAUGCUGUGAGAUUGGGAGCACACACAGGGUUAACAGAUGGCUGGGUCCAUAAUGCUGGCCCCUUCACAAUGGUUACCAGGCAACAGGUCUCUUUUCAGGGAAGAGGUGGACACAGAAAGGCCUGAACCAGCAAGGGCGGAGUCAAAGCAAAAUGACAGCUACUCAGAAACACAACCUCUUCACUCCAGAACCCCACUACAUCCCUGGCUAUGCUGGUUUCUAUCCUCAACUGCGCUACCAGGUGGGGAACACCUAUGGCCGCACCACGGCGCAGUUGCUCACCGAUCCCAGCGUACAGAAGAGCCCCUGCUCUGUUCUGUCACCUAUGUCCAAGCCCAAGUUCAUCGAGGACUUCAGUAAAUCUAAGCCACCGUGGAUUCCCUGCAGGGACCUGACAACACCUUACAUCCCCCACUAUACCAGUCUGAAACCCUACAAGAACUUUGAGAUCCUGGGCCAGCCCCCACGCCAGGAGGUGGACACCCAGGGGCCACCACAGGUAGAGAACAUAUCCAGACAAGUUUCACUGCCUGCAGACUUCAUGCCCUAUCCUCCCUACCCACCAUUCCCUCCAGGCAGAAAGGCGGAAGCUAGAGAACUGGGACAUCCAGGUCUAUUGUUGGCGUACGGGGAAGAGGCCUGGAAGAACGCGGCACCUGUUCAGGAGAGCCCAGGGAGGUACCAGCUUUACCACUGCAGGAGGGAUGAGUACCUGCCUCCACAUCCCCCGCAGGAGACACUAGAUGUGGGCAGGUACCAGCGACUACCCCAGCUGGACCACCCCAACCUAAUCCAACGCAAGGCCAUCUCAGGCUAUGCUGGCUUUGUCCCCCGGUUUGCCUGGGUGAUGGGGAUGAAUUAUCGUGAUGGAGUCACACAAGCUAUGGAUGAGUUUGACAAGAACCAGUUUACGUUCAGACACCCAGUCUGUGCUCUGGGUGAAAGGCUGCCCAGGAGCCACUGGCCAAAUACCACCAUCUACCGGAACCAAGGCCUGAUUCCUUUCUACAUGGGCUUCAUCCCAUCCAUGCAGGACAACUACGCACUGACUUUUGGUAACAGCACCCGAAAAGCCUAUCAGAAGGAACUGGAGAGGCGAAGCCACACACUAUGAAUUUCUUUAAUGGUGGUAUCUGUACAAAUGAUGUCAGGACAGGACAGCAAAUG